UUGUCCGCUUUAAGACAAGUCUUUUUUAAACUUGUGCGCUGGGAAGAGUUGACUUGAGGUAUUAAGUCCAGUAAGGAGCAGUGGCUGCAUUCAGUUGCUUGAGGUGUAGAGCCAAGAAAGAUCCAGAGUAUAUGGCUUUCCAAGUUUCUCAUAAAAUCAAAUAUGUUGCAUUUCUUUGUCUCUUGCUUGCAAGGAUAGACAAUAAUUCAUCGUAUCUAGUGACAUCUUUUACUUUUCUCAACGACACUCCUCAAAUAAAGUACGAUGUCUUUGUUAGCUUUAGAGGAGCAGACAUUCGCCAAGGUUUCCUUAGCCAUUUGAUUGAGGCAUUUUCUCGAAAGCAUAUUGCUGCCUUUGUAGAUCACAACAUUCUCAAAGGAGAUGAACUGUCUGAAACACUUCUUGGAGCCAUUAAUGGAUCAUUGAUUUCAUUGAUUAUAUUUUCACAAAAUUAUGCUUCUUCACGUUGGUGUCUGUUAGAACUUGUGAAAAUUGUUGAGUGCAGAAAAAGGGAUGGACAAAUUGUAGUGCCUGUUUUCUAUAAAGUAGAUCCUUCAGAUGUACGACAUCAAAAGGGGACUUAUGGAGAUGCCUUUGCUAAACAUGAAGGAAAAUUUAGUUUGACUACUAUACAAACUUGGAGAUCUGCUUUGAAUGAAUCUGCUAACCUAUCAGGAUUCCAUUCAUCAACUUUUGGGGAUGAAGCUGAGCUUGUCAAAGAGAUAGUUAAAUGUGUGUGGAUGAGGUUGAAUCAUGCGCACCAAGUUAACUCCAAAGGGCUUGUUGGAGUUGGUAAACGAAUUGUACAUGUAGAAUCAUUGCUGCAAUUAGAAGCCGCGGAUGUUCGUAUUAUUGGAAUCUGGGGCAUAGGUGGUAUUGGUAAGACAACCAUUGCACAAGAAGUUUAUAAUAAACUCUGUUUUGAAUAUGAAGGUUGCUGUUUUUUGGCUAACAUAAGGGAAGAGUCAGGAAGACAUGGAAUAAUCUCAUUAAAGAAAAAUCUUUUUUCAACAUUAUUAGGAGAGGAAUAUUUGAAAAUUGACACACCUAAUGGAUUGCCUCAAUAUGUUGAGAGAAGGCUUCAUCGUAUGAAGGUUCUUAUCAUUCUUGAUGAUGUCAAUGACUCAGAGCAACUAGAAACUUUAGCUAGAACAGAUUGGUUUGGACCGGGUAGUAGAAUAAUCGUGACAACUAGAGAUAGACAGGUGCUUGCUAAUGAGUUUGCUAAUAUAUACGAGGUUGAGCCAUUAAACUUUGAUGAAUCUUUAUGGCUUUUCAAUUUGAACGUCUUUAAGCAAAAACAUCCUGAAAUAGAGUACUAUGAGCUAUCAAAGAAAGUUGUCGAUUAUGCCAAAGGCAUUCCGUUUGUUCUUAAACUUUUGGGUCACCGUCUUCAUGGAAAAGAGAAAGAGAUAUGGGAAAGCCAAUUAGAAGGACAAAAUGUGCAAACCAAAAAGGUUCAUGAUAUUAUUAAAUUGAGUUAUAAUGAUCUUGAUCAGGAUGAAAAGAAGAUACUUAUGGAUAUUGCAUGUUUUUUCUAUGGGCUGCGUCUAGAAGUUAAGAGGAUAAAACUUUUAUUGAAAGAUCAUGAUUAUUCAGUGGCUUCGGGAUUAGAAAGAUUGAAGGAUAAAGCUCUUAUCAGUAUUUCUAAAGAAAAUAUGGUAUCAAUGCAUGACAUUAUAAAAGAAACUGCUUGGCAGAUUGCUCCCCAGGAAUCUAUUGAAGACCCUAGAAGCCAAAUUCGACUAUUUGAUCCUGAUGAUGUCUAUCAAGUACUAAAAUACAACAAGGGUAACGAGGCUAUCAGAAGCAUAGUCGUCAACUUGUUGAGAAUGAAGCAAUUGCGAUUAAACCCUCAAGUAUUUACUAAGAUGAACAAGCUCCAUUUUCUAAAUUUUUAUAGUGUAUGGUCCAGCAGUACUUUCCUCCAGGAUCCAUGGGGCUUGUAUCUUUCUCAAGGGCUUGAAUCUUUGCCAAAUGAACUAAGAUAUCUUAGGUGGACGCAUUACCCCUUGGAAUCUUUGCCUUCAAAGUUUUCUGCAGAAAAUCUUGUUGAGUUGCACUUGCCAUAUAGCCGUGUGAAAAAACUUUGGCUAAAAGUACCGGAUCUUGUGAAUUUAAAGGUCCUUAAACUGCAUUCAUCAGCACAUGUAAAGGAGCUGCCAGACUUAUCAACGGCCACAAAUCUUGAAAUAAUAGGUCUCCGAUUCUGUGUAGGGUUGACUAGAGUGCAUCCAUCAGUUUUCUCUCUCAAAAAGCUUGAGAAAUUGGAUUUAGGUGGAUGCACUUCCCUUACAAGCCUUCGAAGCAAUAUCCAUAUGCAAUCCCUUCGCUAUCUCUCCCUUCAUGGCUGCUUAGAACUAAAGGAUUUCUCUGUGAUCUCAAAGAAUCUGGUAAAGUUGAAUUUAGAACUAACUAGUAUCAAACAAUUGCCUUUAUCUAUUGGAUCUCAAAGCAUGCUUAAGAUGCUACGUCUAGCAUACACUUAUAUCGAGACCUUGCCAACAAGCAUCAAGCAUCUUACAAGGCUGCGACAUCUAGAUCUUCGAUAUUGCGCGGGGCUUCGGACUCUACCAGAGCUUCCCCCAUCACUUGAAACACUAGAUGUCCGCGAAUGCGUGUCAUUGGAGACUGUAAUGUUCCCUUCUAUUCCUCAACAAAGGAAGGAAAAUAAGAAAAAAGUUUGCUUCUGGAACUGCUUGCAAUUGGAUGAAUAUUCUCUCAUGGCCAUUGAGAUGAAUGCGCAAAUUAACAUGGUGAAAUUUGCACACCAACAUUUAUCUACAUUUCGUGAUGCUCAAGGUACAUACGUGUAUCCGGGAAGUGAUGUUCCGCAAUGGUUGGACCAUAAGACAAGACAUGGUUAUGAUGAUGAUUAUGUAACUAUUGCUCCACAUUCCUCUCACUUGGGCUUCAUUUUUGGCUUUAUUGUUCCAGAAGUCCCCUAUGGGGGUUCCAAUUUGAAACUCAAAAUCACCACUGGGGCUGAAGGUGAAGAAGGUAACAGUAUCAUUGUGUACUUGGAAAGACCACAUCAUGGUAUUAAAUCGAAUCAUGUGUAUCUAAUGUACGACCAAGCAUGUUCUCACUUUCUGAAUAGUCGUGCCAAACAUCAUCCAAUGUUGAAAAUUAAGGUUACAGUCGCAUCACAAACGCUCACAUCACAAUACGUACCGUUGCAAAUUAGAGGGUUUGGGGUCAGCACAAUCAACAGUUUUCCUCAAAUAGAAGAAUUGGUUUAUAGUAGUUCAAAGGAAAAUUCUGACGUCUACCCUGUUUCCGUGUGGAAUGGGUGAGAGGGAAGAAAGAAUAAAGAUGAAUUGGUUUAUAGUAAUAUUUCCCUCAUGAGUCAGAUAAUCUUAUCUCUUAAACAUGCAAUAAUGAAUUUGAUUUUUGAUUUGUGUGUAAGAAAAAAUAUUUAUUGGGAAAGAUAAAUCUCUCAAAUGAAUCUUA